ACACCCAGAGCAGGGUCCGCGCGCGCGCGCGUGUGUGUGUGUCCGCCUGCCUGUUCGGUUGCUCGUCGAUCGUACGUCCGCUCGUUCCGCACGGCGCACCAGGAGACAACGCGACUCGCAGCCGCACCGUCGGCCUUCGUCGCGCUCUAGCUCGCACAGCCUCGUCACAUGACUCGCCGCGCGGCAUGAUCGCAAGAGAGCACGACGGGAAUAUGCUCGGGAUCGCUGCUGCUGCUACUCGCGCGCCCGUCACCAUCGUCGUCCCGUCAAGACAACCCCGUCCCGCGGGGCCUCACGGCGAAUUGGGGCUACUCGGCAUCUCCGUGAUCUUAUGAGCAUCUCGACGCGCUUGACGGACGCACGCGACGCCCGAAUCCGUCGCCGUCGCGCUUCGACGUCGGCCCGAGUGGGACCCAUUCGUCCGCCAAUUGGCCGAGUUAGGUUAGCUCGCGCGCUCGAAUCGUGCUCGCUCGCUCGCUCGAAACUGCCGAGGACGGACCGAUCGCGAGUUAUGCUCGUUACCUCGCCGUCAACAUGCUCGCGAGUCCGCCUGUGAGACAACUGCUUGAGGCUUCUCGUUCUCCGCGACAUUGUGAGGUACUUGAACGAGUUCCACGGGCCCGCUCGCCGUCCCCGUCACUUUCAUUUUCGCGCAUACGAUAGAUUCCCGUGUUUAUCAAUCAUAUCGUUAUCAUGCAGCAUCGUCACUAUACAUAAUAGACUUUGAAGGAACGUUCGAGGGUAAAAGUGACUUGGUCCUUCGGAUGUGUUAUUGGUGAACCGAACAGACUGUACAUUCGUACACUGUUGCUGCCAUGAUGCUGGGGAGUACCUACUGCAGAUUGAAUUACCAGUGAUUAUUUGUUCUAUUUAUACAUGUCACAGCCAGAUUAAAGCUAGGUCCCCGAGGGCCUAGCAUGGGUCACUAUGAAUCCGCCUGUGGUCAGCAAAUCGAGCACUCGUGGCUCUGGAUACCAUCAGAAGGCGUUAGCUGAGAUUCGUAAUUCGUUGCUACCAUUUGCGAACAUUGGUGGGGUUUGUGAAUUGGGUUCCAGUGCCGCUAGUACUAUUUCUACUGUAUCAACGACCAGUGGUAUAAGCUCCGCAUCAGGGCACAGCGGACUGUCCGGCGCUUCUGGUUCUACGAUUGACAAGCAGGAUCAGCGACAGGCACUGGGACAAUUAUUAGCUAUGGGAUACUCGGAAGAAGUAGGAGUACGUGCCCUGAAGCUCGCAGGAUGGCGGUUGGACGCGGCGAUAGAAUAUCUGAAGCAGGCUCAGGGGGAGUCUCUGAACGGGCUCGGUAAACUCAAUACCAAAUUGAUUAGAAAGCCAAGCCUGGAGAGGGAAUUGAGCCUGCAACGAGGUAGCCCCGCGUUGGACAGCGGGGCGGGCAGCUCGCGAUCCGACAGUCCACGCCUCACGGAAUUAGGCACGCAUCCACAGUUGAGCCGCCAGUACUCGCCGAGUAAUUUCGUGGAGCGCGAACCACCGCCGCCACCGCCCCCUCGAUGUAGUUCUACACCGCCGCCGCCGCCACCACCUCACGCUCCAUACAGUCAGCCGAAUGUGCCUACCAACAUGCAACAGAUGCUCAAGCGAAUGUCGCCCGCGCCAGUCGUGCCGACGAGACCGGCCGCGACGGCGCCCGGUACCGCGGGUGCCACGUCGACGUCGGCCAUGAAUCCGCCGCAGCGGGGCACCAGUCCGGUAGCGAGCGCUAAUAGCAACUCGAGCAGUCGCCAGCCAAUGAUCGUGCAGAAUGGCCCGCAGGUGCAGCAGCAGUUGACGCAGCAAAUGCAGGCACUCAGCAUCUAUCAGGCGAGCAACAGCAACACGAGCACUCAGGUUGAACCUCCGCCACCGUAUCCUAUAGUUCCACCCUCGUCCGUCGGCCAGACGGUGCAGCCGCCUUCUUAUAGCGCUUCCAUGCAGAAUCGGCAGAGCCCUACACAGUCGCAGCAGGAUUAUCGCAAGAGCCCGUCGUCGGGCAUCUACUCGGGUCCGACGUCUGCCGGCUCACCGAGUCCCAUCACUGUGUCGACGAUACCGCCCAGCAGCACGCAGACGUCAAUGGCCCGACCGACGCCACUGCAAGCGUGGGGCGCGCGACAAGCCAAGACGCAACCACCAAUCAUCAUGCAGUCAGUAAAGAGCACCCAGGUGCAGAAACCUGUGCUGCAGACCGCUAUUGCACCCACGGCUCCCCAGCCAAUCACCACCAGUAAUACACCGCCGCCACCACCUUCUUACGCAUCGUCCAUUCAACAGAAGCAACAACAACCACCGCCCGCUUAUCCGCCCGUCAAUAAUGUGCCCACGCCCACCACGGGCAUACCGACGACGGAACCACCAAGUUACGCCACGACGAUGCAGGCGCUAGCGGCGCAGCGCAUGCAUCAUCCGCUGCCACCACCGCCUUACGGCGCCCCAACUGACGAUGUCUCGACUAUCACGUCCGGAAUGGAGACCGGCAGUACGCUGCGAAGCUCCCCGAUCGCUCAUCAUCCACCGCUUCAGAGAAAAUACUCACCGGCUGACAAUUGUCAACACGUGAUCGAGGCACCGCCGUUACCACCAGUCGCCUCGACCUCCGUGUCAACGAGAAAUAACAAUAAUCACUCGUUGCCCGAAGGCAACAGUGGUAGUGGUGGUACUAAGGGCAGUACCAAGAGUGGCGGUACCAAAGCCGACCAAGGCGGCACCAAGGACGAUACAUCACCCUCGCCCUAUAAGAUCAAGCAUCAGUCUCCCAUACCUGAGCGUAAAAAUCUGAGUAAAGAGAAAGAGGAGGAGCGCAGGGAUUGCAAAGUAAGGAACUAUUCUCCCCAGGCUUUCAAAUUUUUCAUGGAGCAACACGUGGAGAAUCUGCUCAAGUCGCACAAGCAACGGCUCUAUCGACGUUUGCAGUUGGAGACGGAGAUGUCGAAGAUCGGCCUGAGCAAGGAGGCGCAGUGCAUGAUGAGGAAGAUGCUGUCGCAGAAAGAAUCCAAUUAUAUCAGACUGAAACGGGCGAAAAUGGACAAGUCGAUGUUCACGAAGAUCAAACCGAUUGGCGUGGGUGCCUUCGGUGAGGUGACGCUCGUGAGGAAGAUUGAUACCAAUCAGUUCUACGCGAUGAAGACUCUACGUAAGGCCGAUGUGCUGAAUCGCAAUCAAGUCGCUCACGUGAAGGCCGAGCGAGACAUACUGGCGGAGGCUGACAACGAGUGGGUCGUCAAGCUUUAUUACUCGUUCCAGGACAAGGAAAAUCUGUACUUCGUGAUGGAUUAUAUACCCGGAGGUGACUUAAUGUCGCUGUUGAUUAAACUGGGCAUUUUCAAGGAGCCAUUAGCAAGAUUCUACAUUGCUGAGCUGACGUGCGCAGUCGAGAGUGUCCACAAGAUGGGAUUUAUUCACAGGGACAUCAAACCGGACAAUAUCCUGAUCGAUCGCGACGGGCACAUCAAACUGACCGACUUCGGUCUGUGCACGGGAUUCCGUUGGACUCACAAUUCCAAAUAUUACCAACAAAACGGUCAUGGUAAACAAGACUCGAUGGAUCCGACUGAUGAUUGGAAUAACGAAUGUCAAUGCAACCUACAGUUGAAACCGUUAGAGCGUAGGCGGCAUAGGGAGCAUCAAAGGUGUUUGGCGCAUUCCUUGGUAGGGACACCGAACUAUAUCGCACCAGAAGUUUUACAGCGUACGGGCUACACGCAGUUAUGCGACUGGUGGAGUGUAGGAGUAAUAUUGUAUGAGAUGUUAGUGGGCUCUCCACCGUUUCUUGCCAAUUCGCCUGCUGAGACACAAUAUAAGGUCAUUAAUUGGGAAACAUCGCUUCAUAUACCACAGCAAGCAAAUCUGUCGCCGGAAGGUAUGGAUCUAAUAUUAAAGCUUUGUGUUGGUGCGGAUCGCCGGUUAGGUAAAAACGCGAACGAGGUCAAGAGUCAUCCGUUCUUCGCGAGUAUAGACUUCGAGAAAGGCUUGCGACGUCAAGUGGCCCCGCACAUACCUCGUAUACAGUAUCCGACUGACACAAGUAACUUUGAUCCCGUGGAUCCUGACAAGUUGCGCAACUCCGAGUCUUCGGACUCUAAUAAAUCGGACGAAUUGUUGGACAAUGCAAAGCAGUUUCACGGUUUCUUCGAGUUUACGUUCAGGCGCUUUUUCGAUGACGGUGGUGGUCCCGCGUAUACUAGUCGAAUCAAUUUGGAUGAUAAUGACAAUCAAGGUCCUGUCUACGUAUGACAUUAGGCUAAACUCGACGGGGAUACGUGAGUUUUGCCCAUAUAUAUGUAAAAAAAAGGAAACAAAGGACAAUUGCGUCUUAUAUAAUUUUCCUACGCAUGAAAACUGCAUGUAGAUAUUGAACGGAAUAAUCUCCCAAACGUAUCGUGUGACCCUUUACUUCUGCAUUAUUAAGACUCGCUUAUCAGUUUUACAGAUAAAUCUGUAUAUCAUACUUUGCAAGAAAGUUAGGAAAAGGAUCCCUGUGUCUAGCGUAGUACAUAUAUUUUUUUAUGGAUACGCUUGUACCGUUUUUAAAUGCUGUACCAUAUUUUCAGUACCGUACGAUUUACGAUUUUUACGAAAUCUUUAUAUCGGAAUUUACCUCCUGAUAAGAUUUUAAUAAUAUGUAGGAAAACAAAUUGAGAGAAAAGUGGACAUGUAUGAAAAUAUUCUAUUUAUAAUAUAAAAUUCAGUAUAAUUUAAAAAAACUUCUCCAUUAUGUUGCAAUUUCAAUAAGCAGCGCAUAAUCUCCAGUGCAUUAAGUUCUAAACAUUUUACGUGACAUAUUUUUAUAUAUACGUGAUCGUUUUACAUUCUAUAAUAUAUAAUCAGAGUACGUCGUUCCGCAAAGAGUGCGAAAUAAGUUUUUCUUUUUUUUCCGGGUGAUGUGUAUAUAGUAGGUGUUUGCAAAAAUCUUAAUCUUUUUUUUCCAAUGGUAUUUAAAUUUUAAUUAAAUUUUCGCUAUUUUUACGUUUUUAAAGAGUUGGCAUCAAAGAUUCUAAACCGUCAUAUGUUAUAAUUUAACGAUAAACUUCGAAGAAUAAUAAUGAGUGCGAUAAGCGAUGAAAAGCUGUACAUGCUUUUCGCAUUUAGCAAAUUAGCAAUUAUUUUGGAUUUGGGCUGGAAAGUUUUUCCGCUAUGGAAAUUCAUCCAACUUGGUGCCUUUGGAUUAGCAUUUGUUCCAAUCGAUGCAGUACCUUUUUAGUACAUAGUUCUUUUUUUGAGAUGUGGCUGAAAUAAACGAAACAACUUUUCACAAAGGAAUUAGAUAACAGAGAAUCAUAAAACGCCUUUACAAGGGCAAAUAUUUUGAUAAUUUAAUUGUAUUGCGUAUAUUAUACACCUAAAAAGCGAAAAGGUGACUAAAAAAUGACUAAAACUUUUGCAUACAUCUAAUACAUAUAUAUAUAUAUGUAUAUAUGUAUUAGAUGUAUGCAAAAAUAUAUAUAUAAAAUACGAACGAAAGAUUGACAGAAGCAAAGUGAUUGAUGGCUAGGCAAUAUAUUGUUAUAAAACGCGAUAUGUCGGAAAAACAAAACAUAUUUUGCUUGCCAUUUUGAUUCGUUUGUAUUGGCUGAAAAUAUACAAUUUUUAGUGUGUUUCAGCAAGUACUGUGAUAUAUUGCAGAUAAUUAGAAUAAUGUGGCUUCUAAAUGUGUGUAUCGGUCUUAUUUAAUAUCGUCUUUUAUAUAAAAUUCUACGAAGAAUUAUUAUAAAUAAUAACAAUUAUAUGAAAAAUAUUAAUUAUGUAUAGAUUCUCGAAUGGAUGUAAUGUGUUCAUCGUGUAUUUUAAUGCAACUUUUAAACGAUUGUCUGAAUGUUUUCAAAUACUAAUUUCUAAGAGAUAUUAUGAAUUUAUUAGUACAUUGUACAUAUAUACAUAUAUGCAUAUAUAUAUUAUAUGCACUUCUUUUACAGCUCUGAUUUAUCGCAUGAUCGUGUCAAUUUACUGCGAAAACUGUACUAUCAAUAAUUACACAUUUGAAUCUA